ACAGAAGGAAAGUUAAGUAACUAGCAAUGGCCACGAGUUCCUCCCAAACACUUGCGCUUCAGAGAAAUUCCUGUGAGCAGAACCGUUUCAUGGAGAAAUUAAUGUCGAAAAUAUUUAGCUUCUACGACGAGCAGUCUCUAAUCGAUGUGACAUUUAAAGUGUCAAAUCCAACGGCUCUUGUACCCGCGCAUCGUUUGAUACUCGCAGCAGCGAGUCCUUAUUUCGAGAAGCUUUUCGAGAAUAAUCGAGAUACUAAUGCAGUCAUCGAAAUAAAUGGUAUCGAUAGCGAUAUUUUUGAGCGUCUAAUAACCUUUUGUUACACUGGACAGGCCUCCAUUACCGUUAAUAAUGUCGCUGCCAUGCUAAAUGCUGCAAUCGUGUUGCAAAUGGACGAUGCCAAAAUCCGUAUUGUGGACUCCCUCAUGACACGUAUCGAUGACUACACCUUGCAGGCUGUUUAUACGUUGGAGCAUGAAACGAAAUGUGAAGUUCUUAGGCAGAAAAUCAUCGAAUACGAGACACAGAACUUCAUGGAGACCAGCCGAAGCGAUGAGUUUUUGAAUUUUGAUGUAGAAAAAUUGCAACGUAUCCUGGUAUCUGACAAUUUGAAUAUAACCCGUGAGGAAGAUGCCUACGAUGCCAUACAACGCUGGUACAAUUACGAUGUUCCUGCGCGUCAAGAGCAACUGCCACUUUUAAUAGCUUGUCUCCGGCUUACUCAAUUCAAUGUGAACUUUCUGAUGACACACAUACAGCCGUUACCUGGAUGUGAGCUACUGGUCUUCAAGGCGUUAUCGUGGAUCGGAUUGCCUACAGCACGGCCAAGAUAAAUAUGCGAUUUACAGAACCACGUUUGGUCAGUGCUACAAAUUGUGGUGAGAAAACAAUC